CGCAGCUACUAUGUAUGGAUAACAACAAUAUAAGCAUCCACAAUGCAGUAACCUUUCUUCACUAUUUUCCACAUUGAGGAGAGAAUAAUAUCUCAUUCAGCUCAAGAAAAUACCUACCUGCCUACCUAGUACAUAUUUAGUAGUUGGUAGAGUUGCCCAUCUUGAACAUCGGGAUGCUAUAGCACCUUUACCUCCUAUUCUCCCGCGCCCAUAUUUAUUAUCUUCCCAAAACAUCUCCCUAAGUAAAUGAUCACAACCUACUGACAAUACUUAAAUGUAACUUCCCCUCGUUUCAUGGCCCGAUCCCCCGUUCCUGGGUCCAUUUUACCCCUUGCAGAAGAGGACUCCGUUGUAAAGGGGUCUGGACAUACCCAAAGAUCCCAGCCUAGUCUAGACGGCAACACCAUGUGCGAAACACAGCGCGAGGCCAAGGCUGAGGCAGCUGAAAAUUGCGAAUGGAGAGGCGAUAGCCCUGAGCUAGAGGCUGAUGAUCUCGCCCACGUCGAGAGCCAUCACCUACCUGAAGAGGUCUGUAGCUGGCAGGGCGACUCUCCUGAUCCCGAGCUAGACGACCUUGUACAUGAUUCUGACUCCCGAAUAUCGCCAAAGUCUCGGGAAGCCUCGCGUGCCGAAAACGCCCCUGCAAAGCCUAGAGAAACAGAGAAACCAGAAGUUCAAGAGAAGCCUCCGAAUGUGCCAUUGACUGAAAAACUUCCCGAAGCCCCUCAAGCAGAAAAGAAAUCCCCCGAAAAAGAAGAACAAGCUGCAGAAGAAACCUUACAAGAAAAAGUUGUCCAUGGAGUCCAACAUGCCUUCACAAUUUUUCAGAGUAUCAUCCACCCUCCAGGUGAAGCAGAACCAAGCAAGAAGCCGUCUAACGAAGAUCCUAUCCAACCCACGAUAGCCGAAGCGCCCAAAGGUAAGAAAUGUAAAAAAGACAAGGAAAAGGCGAAGAAAGAGAAAGAAGAGGCCAAGAAGGCUGAAAAGGAGAAGAAAGCUAAAGAAAAGGAGGAAAAGAAGAAAUUAAAGGACGAGAUCAAGGAAGCGCGUCGCAAAGAAAGAGAAAAAAAGAAGAAGGGAAAGAGUGCUGGCUCUCCACCUCCAGAGCUUCCUACUGGGGCCGACGGCUCUGCUGCCAUUGAAUCGCAACCCCAUCCAGGGUGUCAAAUAUGCCAAAAACCCGACGAGCAGGCGACUGUUGAUUUCUUGCAAGAGACACUGGACGGCCUUCAGGGCCUGCCCUCUUUCCAAGAACUAACCUCAAUGGCAAAGAGAUGGCUCGGUAUAAAGGCCAAGGAGGAGUCUAAGGGAGGAAAAGGAGAAAAAAGAGGAAAACAAGCUGAUCACCAAGAGUCCCCUUGGAACGAACAGGAACUAAUCGAGCAUAUUGCGGAGCAUAUUGAUCGGCACAUACAUCAAUACAUGGACACCAACCCGUCUGGAAGAGGUAAUAAGGCAACAGACAAGACGUGGCCUCCGAGGUCCCGUUCCUUUCCUUCCCAAAUUGGAGCAGCACCUGAAUCUAAACAGCAGCAGGAGGGUCAUGGAAAUGACGACCCUAUCAGCCAUGGACUGGACGGUAAUGGAGACUGGCUUAUAACCGCCAUGCCAGACCGGGUACCUCGCAAUAUGGAGCCAAUUUCAACUCCAGAAAUCACCACUACACAGCCUACUUCCCAAGUUUACUCGCCUUUUCAAUCUCCAACGAGUCGCUGCGUCUCUCCGUGGUGUGAACACCUGGGGUUCAAGAUGACUGAAUCCCCCCCUUCUUAUCUGACACGCAAUACAUCAUGGCCGAGGAGAGGGUAUGUGCCGCAAUUUGAUUCCGAUCCCCCUACCUUCGCCACUCCUCUCUUCCCGUACAGCAUGAGCUGGGAUUAUUGAUUCGAUUUUUUUCUCCGCCUAGGUUUAGCUCAAGCCCGAGCCGGAUGAGGAGCGUUCCUCCAACUUCUUCUUGCCUCGGCGCGCAUGCUUGUCCUCACGUCGUACAUCACGAACCCGCCCUCUACGCCUGUGUUCCCGUCUCACUGGUCUCGUCUUUGUGUCUCGAGUCUCCUUGCUGCAGCCAUGCUAGCUAUCGCUUUGCUUCGCCUAUCAUGACGCCUCACUCGCUCUCGCAUACCCCGUUCAAUUUCGAACCGUUCGGUAUCGCGGAGACUAUCCCUGCUAGCACACCUCGCCGAAGCCUCUCUGCGCAUUAGACUGGGGGAACACCUUUACCUAGAUAUCUUUGUGAUAGGAAUUGAGAUUGUAUACCUAGCUACGUACCUACCGAGGAUACCUAAUUGGCCCAUGUACGAAGAACCUGAAGGAGUUCAGAUCAAAGCCAUGAAUGGUGACACUGUCAGCCUGUGUGUGAGGUUUGGUCAAAGAAGACAUUAUGGAAUAGGGUUGAGGCAACUCUAUAAGGCUUGACUGGGCAAUACUGAAGAGGAACGUCUUUCAAGAAUGUUUUGUGAGGG